AUGGCAUUCCUGGCAUUCCUUGGAGCUGUAGCUUCAUUCCUUCUUCUCAUCAUCACUGUCCUGUUUCUCCUCAUCUGCACAAUUUUCUAUGGUGUGGAAUUGGUCCUCCUUCUUCUCCAUUUUGCCCUGGCCAUCCCAUACCACGGCACCAAUAUUUUGGCCAAACUCCUUCGUUGCAUUCUGCCUUCGCCCAUUGUUUUGAUUUGGCAUGGUCUAUGGGGUGGUAUAGAAGAUAGGAUCAUGGCCUGGAGGCGCUUCUGGACGGUCUCAGUGGAGCAGAGGGCUCAACCCUUGGUGGACAAGCACAUCAAAUUGGCUAGGCGCUUGGAGAAAGUGCACCGUCGCCUGGCUCGUGCUAUCCCGGGGUCGCAGUUGGACGUCGACCUCCACACCAAGUCAUGUCUGCUCGACGACAAGGCCUUUGCAGCUGAAAUGGAACUCGAGAGCGUUUUUCGCCGAUAUGUACCCCACAACCAAUACGAGGAAUAUUGCCGUCGCUACAGUGUCACUCCCAAGCGCGUCUAG